AUGAGGUGGUGGAAAUGCUCAGAAAGCAGUUCUGAGGAGCCAAGAUGCACGCAUUGUGAUAUCACAGGCUCCUCCAGGUUUCCUCAGAGAGUGUUUUGGGGCUGUCUCACUGCCUCUCUGUUGGUCAUUAUCAUCACCCUCGUCGCCCUCAUUAUCGCUGGGAAGUUAUCACUCCAGUCAGAGACACAGGUCAUCAGAUUCAUAUCUCCCGACCAUCCUGCCUCUCUGAUCAAUCAGUCUGCAUUUGUGGACAGACACAACAACAUAGUGACUUACUCCGUCACUUCUCAUGCCAACCACACGUCUACAGUGCUUUUUGACAUUAAACAUGGGUUAAUUUGUUACAAGCCUGACAAUCAGGAUAGCUGCUUUCUUCGCCAAAUGGAGAUGUCUGAUUAUGAAGACAUGCACACUCUCCUGAACGUGUCAGAGCAAAAGGUGACUCAGAUCUGGCUGGUGGGCAACACGACUCAGAGACACACUGAGUUUUUAGGUGUGUUGUCAGGCCGUCGCGUGGAAGCUACAACAUUGCAGCAACCUCUACAGACGCUCUGUCAGCACAGACCCGUGUACUGGACCAGGAGAGCUGACGGUCCCAAAGAACGAUUAAUUUACUUCUGCAUCGACAUCUGCUUCCCCAACAACAUCUGUGUGUCAGUGUGUUUCUACUACCUGCCAGAAUGAGCCUUCGUUCAGAAAGUUAAGCGCACACAGGAAACCCAUGUGGCCCCUGGUAUGAAGGCACGUCACAGAAAGCCAACUGGAGGAGCCACACACAGAUCACCGACACAGUAAACAGAACCGGCAUAUGUCAUCUGCAACUGUCUGACGUUUCCAACAUGUUUCUAUUUUGCUUUUUGUAUUUCUUGUAAACUGAUGCAGAUAAGUAACCAAAAGCACUGUUGAGUUUUAAUAAAACAUUUUUAUUGACUCAU